AUGAUGGCAGAGCAGGGCUGCUCUCCCUCUUCUCCGGUCUGCUGUGGCUGCCAGCUGCUCUCCUUCGUCCCCGGGAGGCGAACAGGCCGUGUGAAAGGAACAAACGAAGAAUGGCGGGAACCCGGGGUGCCUCCCUGUGGAGCUGCCCACACGCCCCACGCAGAGGGGGCGCCCUGGCUGCACCCACGGCCGGCCCGGCCCCGGGGCUCUCUCUGUCUGCUCUUGUCCCAGGGCAAGCAGCCUCGGCCAGGGGAGGACGCCUGCACGGGAAUGCCAGCUCUCCGGCUUCCUCCCGGGGGAUCUGGGGCAGACCCCACGGCCCUCUCUGGGGCUCAGUUUCCCCAGCUUGCCUCCCAGACAGCUGCAGGGGGCGCCAGAGAGAAAGCACUCCCGCCGCAGCCCGGCCCUUACCUUGGGGAGCCUGGCCUGAGAGCACUGCUGGACGGUGGGGGCACUGUUGGGGGUGAAGCAUUGUUCAGCAAGUUCGACAAGUGUUGCGGCCCAGGAAGAGGAAGAGAACGGCGGGCCAUGGAGAAGAAGGCUCUGGUCUCUACCAGGCUGACCAUAUGCACCCCCCCGCCGCAGCCGGAGCUGCCAGAGCCUUCGGAGCUGCCAGAAGCUUCGGAGCUGCCAGGGCCGUCGGAGCUGCCCGGCCCGUCCACUGGAGGGAUUUACCAGCAAGUCAACAACCUCCUGAACAUCGUGGACGAAGACGACCAGGAGAGCAACUGCCUGAGCAGCCAGGAGGGCCCCGGCUCGAAGAUGCGCAAGGCUCUGGCCAGCAUGAUCAUCAUCCAGAAGGCCAACGCCGAGCCCUCCGAGGUCAUGAUGGCGCUCAUCCGCAGCCUGCAGCUGGAGGAGAUCUCUAUCAAGAGGAAGAUUAGCAUCUACACCAUUCUCCAGGGAAUCAUCCAGCAGGAGGGGGAGCUGGACGAGGAGUGUGUGCAGACUCUGGUGAACCUGGCCUCCAGGGAGAUGCGGGAGAUCCAAGAGAUCGAGGGCUACAUCCUGGCAGAGACAGCCAGUGACACGUUGGUGGCUCUGUCCCGAAACCACUUUAACCUUGUCAUGUAUGAGCUGCAGCACCACCUCAAACCCCUGAUCCUGACCGAUGAGUUUGUCCUCAUCACUCUAGCCAAUCUGGCCAAUGCCAAUGUAUUCGAGUUUAUGCCCUACAUGGGGAUCACGCUGGCCACCAUCUUCACCAUGUUGAGACUGGCCAAUGGAGCCAAGAUGCGCCAGGUAUUCUGCAGUGCCAUGGAGACGUUCUGUGAGGCGAUCCAGUUUUACUUAAAGCACUGGGAGGACAGCGUGUACCCCAUCAUGACCGGCGAGCACUUCAUGAACAAGCUGCUGCCCAUGUACCGCCAUUUCGUCACCGUGUGGCUCCGGAGUGAGAACACGGAGGUCAAGCUGGCUGUGAUCAAGUCCCUUCGGCCCAUGCUCAGCCUCCUCCUGCCCAUCGAGGAGCUGCGGGAGCAGGUGUACGACUACAUCCCCCUGCUCCUGGCGGAGUACCAGGGCAAUGUGGAGGCCCUCUUCAUCACCCAGAUCCUGAGGCAGAUCCUGGAGGUGUCCGUCUCCAGCAACACGCCCGUCCCCAAAAUGCAGCUGCACACCAUCUUCAGCGAGCUGCACACCCAGGUCUGCUCCAAGGCCCCCGUCCUCCAGCAGUUCAGCAGCGAGAACCUGGCCGAGGUGGUCCAGUGCUUCAUAGCUCUGGUGCCCGAGAUGAACAACAGGACCCUGCACUUUGCUGUCAAAGUGGUCAGAAAUGCCCUUUGCGACCCCCGGGCUAAGGUGAAACUGGCCAUUCUCCGCGUCAUUGGUCAGCUGGCCAUCUCUGGCUACCAGGAAAGGGUCCGAGGCUGGGGCCUGCGAUAUGUUUCCCUUCAACUUAUAUUAUCUACCUACAAGCUGAUGAAUCGUCAGGAGAGCUGUUCUCAGGCUGAUCUGGAAGAGAAGAUGGUUCAUAAGGUCACCAUGGACACUGUGAGGAUCAUCACAGCCUCCGUUAGUGGGGUGAUCAAUGAAUUUUGGCUGAAACUCCUGGGUUACAUCAUGGAGACAGAAUACAUCGAAGCCCUCACCCCCAUCUGCAUCAGCCUGACCAACCUGGCUGAGCGCCAGCGCCAGCAGAAAGAGUCAAACGCGAAUGUGGGCAGGAGUGGACAAGUGGAACUCCCGGCUCCGCAGAGGCUGCUGGCCCGGCUCCUGGUGCUUCUCUCGGCCCCUUACAAAGGGGAGGGGCGCGGGGUGGCCAUGCUCCACCUCCUCAAGACCCUGCACCAGAGUAUCGCCCCCACCAUGGCGGACCUCUGGGACGUGGAGAUUCCUCUUCUGAUCCAGUACCUGGAAGAACAUACACAGUACACGUGGAAUCAGAAGAUCUGGGAGGACAAACUGAUCCAGUUUCUGAGAAACUCCCUCAAGAGGACGCAGGGCACCCCCUGGAGCCUGAGGCUGAGCCGGGAGCUGAACCACCAGAUCGUCAGCUACGAGAGCCCCUCUGUGGAGAAGGCCUUCCUGUACCGGGCGCUGGGCUCCACGCUGGCAGUGGGGCAGGAGGCUGACAAGGUGGAGGCCCAGCUCAUGGAGCUCCUGCACAAAACUGAUUACAGCAACGACUUUGACCGAGAGGGAGCAAUCCUUUGCCUGGGCCUCUGUGCCAGGGGUCAAGUGGUCACUGUGCUCAACGUGCUCCAUGAGUUUGAAGAGAAAAUUCAAGAGACGGAGGAUUCCUGGCACAUUAGUGCCUGGAGGAGUGACCACCCCUGGCGGAGGGAGGUGGUGAAGAGUGCCCUCAUGGUGAUGUACAGCAGCGUGGCUGCCUACUGCCAUCCGAAGAUGCUCCUGCCCCGCGUGGAGAGGGAGAUCACCAAGAAGGUCCUGCAUCACUAUGCCACCAGCUGCCAGGACGUUUCUCUGAAGAUGGCCUUCAUCCAGAGCAUUAUCCAGAUCUGCCUGGCCCUCCAGGGCUUGGGCAAGGCAGACUUUGAUUAUAUCUGCAAGCCCGAGCUCACCACCAACCUCAUUGCAAUCCUCAAGAUGGAGCCGCUGGACUCUCUGGUGUCCCCUGUGCGCUGCCUGACGAUGACUGCGCUCUGGCAUCUCAGCAAACUGAGGCCUCCUUUCACCCUGGAGGAAAACCACGAGUUGAUGGACAGGAGUCUCCAGUGCGUAUUCCCUCUCCCGCCCCCAGGAGAGGACAGUGAACAAGUUCAGACGUUAUACGAGAAUUCCAUGAAUGCACUGAUGGUGCUGAUGGAAAGCCUUCUGGAAAGAGAGAUGGAUCCCAAGGGCCUUCAGGAGAUAUUCCAUCUCCUUGAGAAGUGGUUACAUUCAGAGAAAGACUGGGAGCGAGAGAGAGCGGUCGCCCUGAGCCUUCGGCUCCUGCAAGUCUAUAGGGAGGGUGUCACCAUCCUGAUCCCCCUGAAAUCUGGCCAGUUUGGCACUCUGAUUGGACUUUUGGCCCCACAUACCUGUGACUCUGAGGUGAAGACCCGCCAGUCCACUGUUGAUGUCAUCUGCUGCCUUUUAGACCUCCAGGUGUCCCGGCCCUGGUCCAUACAGGACACGGCGACAGAGAAGGAGCUGCUGGACAUCAAAGAAGAACUGAAGACGACGGACAUGGACAAGCUCUAUUCCUUGUCCGCCAGGAUCGCCAAGGUGAUCAGCAAGGAGGUGCGGUGGGAGGAGCUGGUCAUCCUCUUCCAGAGCACCUGUGAGAGCCUGGGGGCCACCAAUCUCUCCCACGACAAGGCCGCCGUCAUCUGGCUCAACACCAUCCUCAAGCUUCGAGGGCACGAGUUAGAGGACAAGGUGCCAGAGAUCCUGAGCACCAUCUUGGCCCACCUGCCCUCUGUGGGCCACCCGGAUGUGCGGCGUCCCCUGGUGGAGGCUGUGCUCUUGCUGGCUCAUGCCUACCAGGAGACAGUCAUCACCUCCCUCUUGAGGCAACCGCUGCCUCUAGACAGUAACGUCACCGAGUUGUGGGAAGCGCUGGCAGAAGACACAGCCUUUGCUCAGAAGAUCCUGCAUGCCCUGAUGUCCAGGAUCCAGGAGAAGAAAGCCCCCAGGAGCCGGGCCACCUCCAAAAAGGACGUGUGGCGGCUGGCUGCCGUGGACCCCAUCACCGCGGUGUGUGCCCUCCACAAGAUCACCAUGGCCCUGGACAGCAGGGAGAACCUGCAGGACAUCUUCCCAGAACUGUCCUGCACAGUCCUCCAGGAGCUGAGCAGCACUUUGGAGCCCUCGCAGGCCUCCCUGCCGCCGGACUCCUGGGGGGUCAUCCAGACUGGGAACCUGCAGAACAAAACCACUCCCCGCAGGCUCACAGUCAAGACCCUGCAGGGCAUAAUGAGUCGCACUGGGAGUGAGGAGAUGAUGCAGAGCCUGAUGGAGCAGAGGGUUUGGGCCCUCCUGGAGGACCCCCGGACGUACAUUGAUGGAGUCUGUCUCCUGGCCAGAGCCAUGGUCCUGCACCUCAGCUCCCACAGCCACAGGUUUGCUCAGCUGCUUCUCCCAGGCCUGGACUCGGAGUUCUUGCCCUGGCGCCUCAGCAGCACGGCCUUCUUCGUAGAACUCAUGUGUGACCCAGUUCUCCAUCGAAAGAAGAUGCUGAAGCCCACCAUUUUCAAGCUGGCCAAGGGGGCCAGCCACAUCCACAGCACCCUGCGCCUGCUGUCCACCCGGGCCCUGGGCAACCUGGCCAUUGGGGCUCCCAGCAAGGUCAAACAGUACCGGAAGCUACUCAGGAAGAAGUUUCUGUGCUCGCUCAGCGACCCCAUCAGCACCCAGGUGAUCACAGAGACCAUGGUGGCGCUGACCAAGGUGCUGGGGCUCAUAGGCGAGGAUGACUUGGGAUCCUCCUUCGAGGUCAUCUCCAUGCAGUGCAGGGUCUUCCUGGACGAUGAGGACGAGUCUCUUCGCUUGCAGGCUUUCAUCCUGUUCGGGAAGCUGGCGGUGUUGGCCGUGAAGAAGAAGGACUUCUUCAUGCUGGAGAUCAAGAAGAGCUGGAUCCCCCUCAUCCUCCACCUGCAGGACCCUUGCCCUGAAGUGGCCAAGGCCUGUGAAUCCACUAUUAACCUGUGCAUUCCCUUCUGGGGCUGGAAGAGGCUGCAAAUCUCCUUAGAGAAGUAUGUCAGCCAAGGCCUGGACCUGAGCCUCUUCCAAAUGGAGAUGUGCAGUUACCUGGCCAGGAAAGACCCUGUACUCUUGGACACCUUUUGUGCAGAAGCCAUUGGCUACUAUGACAGCGAGUGGGCCAAAAUUAAGGCAGCGGCCUGUACCUUUACAGGGUGGGGAGGGUCAAAUGAGAUGCUGGAUGUAAGCAGCAACCCUUGGGAUGAUGAUGAUGAUGAUGAUGUGGCACUGGGGUAUGUUCUGGAGCAGAUGGUCCCCCUGAGCCUGGGGGAGAUGGACUUGGAGCGGCUGCACCAGUGUCUUGAGGCACUACAGAUGGACCCUGAGGUCAUUGUCCAGAAUGCUGCGAAGGAGACCCUUUCUAUUCUCCGGGAAAGGGAACUCAAGGAGAGGGAGGUGGUGUCUGAGGCCCUGAGGGAGGAACCUGCCCCCCAAGAGCCAUAG